CCGCUACAUCUCCAGCGAACGAGGGAAUGUCAGCGAUGCUAGCGAUGCCGAGUCGUAUCUGUCGCACAUGUAUGUAGUACUGAUGUAGCAAUCGAGUGAAUGAUCAAUUUACUCGUGUAUAGUUGCUCGAAGAAAAAUGAUUUGAAGUUUUUCUGCUGAUACGAUUUUCGAGAUAAGCGAGAAUCACGUUCGUCGAGCAACUACUAUUCGCAACCUUUCGGAGUGAGAGAUAACCUAUAGGAGCGUGGUUGCUCGAGAUUUUCGUUCGGCAAAAUUGUCGGCGCAACGUGACCGCUGGUGUAACGAAACCAACCAAAUUGUCCAUGUUCAACCGAUACUAAAACAUCCCGUUCACAUUACGUCGGAGUCGAGCAGAGGAGAAACCGACGAUGUACACGGUACAAUUGUCGGGUUUGUUGUCGAAACGAUUCCACAAAGAUUACGUGCGAAACGGUACUAGGUUAGCACCACCUUUUCGGCAGUACGGAAAUUAUGGAAAAUUCCGUGAAUGUCGUAAGAGGAUAAGCGUCUGGUUGAAAGAUCACAGCGGUCGAGUGGCCCAAGCUUGCGCCCAACAAUUCGAAUUCAUCGCAGCGCAACGUAUACGAAGAAGUCUGCAAAUAUUCCACCUGUACACGCGAAUAUGGGACGAAGUGGCGCUCAAGGAAUUCAUUAAAUCUUGGAGGAAUCGUGCUUUCAGAAAUAGCAAACGCUUUCUGACCAGCAGCAUAGGCGUCGCGGCGUUCAACUGGGACCGCGAAAGAAUAAGCGAGCAGGAAAUAAGCAGUUACAAGCAGGAAAUCGAGGGAAUUUACAAGUUAAGAGACGCUACCGUCGUUUGUCCAAAUUGCCAUCUGAGGAUCAUAAUAGACGUCCAACAACCUGGAAUCAAAUAUUGUACCUGCCAAGACAACAAAACUAAAUACAGCGCUACCGACAAUCAAGAUUCAGAGGGAUGGAAGCCGUACCUAGAGCGGGAGGAUAUGCUUAUAUGGAGGAGGAAAGAACCAAAUUCUGGAGGACUAUUCGCGUACAAAGUAUAUGGUUCGUUCGCGGACGUUACCGCCGAAGACUUCCUACAAACGCAAAUAGACGUCGAAUAUAGAAAACAAUGGGAUCCAAUUGCUCGCGAAUUGCGAAUCCUAGACAGUGAUCCAAAGUCGGAAACGUCAGAAAUCGACCGAUCUGACGUCAUAUAUUGGGAAACCGAAUGGCCUACAUUAUUCGCGAACAGGGACUACGUGUACCAACGAAGAUGGAUUGUGGACAAAGAUAGGCGUUUAAUAAUAAUCAUCAGUAAAGGAACAGAACAUCCUGAAGCUCCAACUAAACCUGGAAUAUACAGAGUCUCGACGUAUUGGUCGUACAUGGUGAUACGGCCUUAUACAGAAUUCCAUGAACCAGGCAUUGAAUUCGGGUUGACCUACUUUGAUGAUCCUGGCGUAAAUAUACCAUCCACGGUUACAUCAUGGGUUGCGAUGUCAGGAUUACCAAACUUUUUAAUUCGUAUGAGAAAAGCAUCGAAGAAUUACCACGAUUACAAAGAAAGUAUCGAUACGACCUGUAUCAGUUACGUUUCAUUGAAAAAUAAUGUUUCCGAAGUCGAAGUCAGAGAAAAUACCGAGCCAAAUUUGGAAAGCAGCAAAACAUUGAACCAUGAGAUAGUUAAUAUCACUGAAGAAACCAAUGUAUUAAAAUUCAAGGAGGCCGGGCAAGAACAACGCGAAGGAAACGAUACGAAAGAAGGACACGACCAAGAAGACGAACAAGGCGAAAAUGAAGACGAAGAUGGUACAGAUUCGGGCAAGGAGGGCAGGGGAUUAUUAGAUUAUUUUUUUCUAGCGAAGUUAUUCGCUUGACGAGGGAAUUUUACGAUGUGUGAGGCCAAAAUGAUUGGGUGCCGUCAAUAGAAUGAUAUAUCGUAACUCCGAAUGGACAGAAUCGCUUGCGCUCACAGAAAGAAGUCAAAUAUAUCGUAUUUAUACGAACGCACGUCACAAAAAAAACACAUCAAACGACUCGCGACAAAACUUCUAUGAAAACUACAAUUGCGAGACUGAUUCACCCUCCUCAUGUCCUAUUUCAUUUACGUCGUUCAUGCGUAACCGAGUGAAUACUACUACUCGCUGCGAUAUACUUAUAUGAAUUUUUCAAUGGAGAAUAUUAUCAACUAAAUUUUACACAGAAUUGUACAAAUUAAAAUAUUUUAUUGUAUCAGUGUACAUUUAGCGAAUGUAGUCUAAAUAUAGAUGUAUAAAAUAGCAAAUUUAUUUAAUAUAAACUUGUAUGUACAUACGUUCGCGCGUGCAAUAUAAUAAUAAUACAACAUAUUUAUACAUA